AUGUUGGUAGGAUUUCUCCUAGUUUUUACAGUGACACAGGCUCACCGUACAUCAGUAUCGACCGACUGCCCGAUCGAGAACUGCCAGACGUGCUCCUCGGACAAGGCGACGUGCGAGGCGUGCAAGCCGGGAUUCGUGGCCAGCGGGGAUAACAGGGCGUGCAACCCAGCGCCGGCCGACUGCCCGAUCGAGAACUGCCAGACGUGCUCCUCGGACAAGGCGACGUGCGAGGCGUGCAAGCCGGGAUUCGUGGCCAGCGGGGAUAACAGGGCGUGCAACCCAGCGCCGGCCGACUGCCCGAUCGAGAACUGCCAGACGUGCUCCUCGGACAAGGCGACGUGCGAGGCGUGCAAGCCGGGAUUCGUGGCCAGCGGGGAUAACAGGGCGUGCAACCCAGCGCCGGCCGACUGCCCGAUCGAGAACUGCCAGACGUGCUCCUCGGACAAGGCGACGUGCGAGGCGUGCAAGCCGGGAUUCGUGGCCAGCGGGGAUAACAGGGCGUGCAACCCAGCGCCGGCCGACUGCCCGAUCGAGAACUGCCAGACGUGCUCCUCGGACAAGGCGACGUGCGAGGCGUGCAAGCCGGGAUUCGUGGCCAGCGGGGAUAACAGGGCGUGCAACCCAGCGCCGGCCGACUGCCCGAUCGAGAACUGCCAGACGUGCUCCUCGGACAAGGCGACGUGCGAGGCGUGCAAGCCGGGAUUCGUGGCCAGCGGGGAUAACAGGGCGUGCAACCCAGCGCCGGCCGACUGCCCGAUCGAGAACUGCCAGACGUGCUCCUCGGACAAGGCGACGUGCGAGGCGUGCAAGCCGGGAUUCGUGGCCAGCGGGGAUAACAGGGCGUGCAACCCAGCGCCGGCCGACUGCCCGAUCGAGAACUGCCAGACGUGCUCCUCGGACAAGGCGACGUGCGAGGCGUGCAAGCCGGGAUUCGUGGCCAGCGGGGAUAACAGGGCGUGCAACCCAGCGCCGGCCGACUGCCCGAUCGAGAACUGCCAGACGUGCUCCUCGGACAAGGCGACGUGCGAGGCGUGCAAGCCGGGAUUCGUGGCCAGCGGGGAUAACAGGGCGUGCAACCCAGCGCCGGCCGACUGCCCGAUCGAGAACUGCCAGACGUGCUCCUCGGACAAGGCGACGUGCGAGGCGUGCAAGCCGGGAUUCGUGGCCAGCGGGGAUAACAGGGCGUGCAACCCAGCGCCGGCCGACUGCCCGAUCGAGAACUGCCAGACGUGCUCCUCGGACAAGGCGACGUGCGAGGCGUGCAAGCCGGGAUUCGUGGCCAGCGGGGAUAACAGGGCGUGCAACCCAGCGCCGGCCGACUGCCCGAUCGAGAACUGCCAGACGUGCUCCUCGGACAAGGCGACGUGCGAGGCGUGCAAGCCGGGAUUCGUGGCCAGCGGGGAUAACAGGGCGUGCAACCCAGCGCCGGCCGACUGCCCGAUCGAGAACUGCCAGACGUGCUCCUCGGACAAGGCGACGUGCGAGGCGUGCAAGCCGGGAUUCGUGGCCAGCGGGGAUAACAGGGCGUGCAACCCAGCGCCGGCCGACUGCCCGAUCGAGAACUGCCAGACGUGCUCCUCGGACAAGGCGACGUGCGAGGCGUGCAAGCCGGGAUUCGUGGCCAGCGGGGAUAACAGGGCGUGCAACCCAGCGCCGGCCGACUGCCCGAUCGAGAACUGCCAGACGUGCUCCUCGGACAAGGCGACGUGCGAGGCGUGCAAGCCGGGAUUCGUGGCCAGCGGGGAUAACAGGGCGUGCAACCCAGCGCCGGCCGACUGCCCGAUCGAGAACUGCCAGACGUGCUCCUCGGACAAGCAGACUUGCGAGGCGUGUGAACCAGGCAAGCAUCUGACCCCGACGAAGAAGGCAUGCUUAGAUGCCUGCCCUGUCGGAACGUAUCUAUCCGGACAAACGUGCGCGCCCUGCGACCCCUCCUGUGCGGAGUGCAGCGGGGCCGGCGCUUCCAAGUGCACGGCCUGUCCCGCCGGGAAGAUGCUGAGGUACGCCGACGAAAGCAAGCUUAAUGAGGGCGGCACGUGCGUGGAGCAAUGCGUGGAAGGCCCGGAGUGCGAGACGUGCGGCCUAACAAUUGGAGGUACCAAGUACUGCUCGAAGUGCAAGGGGAGCAACGUGCCGCUCAAUGGCGUCUGCACGAGCAAUGCGGCCAGGACUCUGUUCUGCACCACUGCCGCUAACGGUGCUUGCACGGUCUGCGCCGCCGGAUACUUCAUCCAGGAGGGCGGAUGCUACAAGACUGACAGGCUCCCCGGGAAGAGCAUCUGCACAACGCCCACUGGGGAUGGAAAAUGCCAAACAUGUGCGAAUGGCUUGACAGCUGUCUCGAACAUGUGUCCAUUAUGCGAUUCCACUUGUGCCACAUGCACCGUGGCCAAUCAACCCGAUAAGUGCAGCGCCUGUCCACCUGGCCGUUACUUGGACGCCAGUAAAGCAUGCAAGCUGUGUACAGAGACAAGCGGUAGCAUCCAGGGUGUCGCUAACUGCGCAAGCUGCGAUCCUCCAACUGGUAAUAGUGGUUCUGUCAUCUGCUACGUCAAGACGGAUGGCACUGACAACGGCGGAAGCGUCAACAAGAGCGGGCUCAGCACUGGCGCGAUCGCGGGCAUCUCUGUUGCUGUGAUCGUUGUUGUAGGUGGUCUUGUGGGCUUCUUGUGUUGGUGGUUCCUCUGCCGCGGGAAGGCGUAG